GAAUGGGAAAGAGAGCGAGGGAAGGAGAUCCACGCCGUUCUCGGUUAGCGCACAUCUCUUCGCAAUGAUCAAUGAAAGGAAACCAAUGGCGGACUCGUCUACGCUUCUCGCAGGCACAGAGUGUCGGCUGGUUUCUGGCUGAUUCGAUUCCCGUGGCCAUCCCUGCGAUUCAUCAUCCUGCUGUACCUCCGAACGGCCCCGACUCCUUGAGAGGACGAGACUACAACCUUAAGGAAGCUGUGUUCUGGUCUGUCCAGGGUGUAUUAGCUUCUCAUGCUCGUUUGGGGGUAUUCGCUGCAUCACCGCGAGAGAGAAAGAUUACCGGAAGCGGAACAGGACAAAGGAGGGGGUUCCACGUAUUCCACGAAUCACACACAGCGACGUCGACGGCAUCUCAUCCGCUGGCUCCUGGUCGUCGAUGCUCUGGAUGGAAUCCUACCGCAACGAAAGACGGUCGCUUUAAGAUGUCAGCGUGAGAACAUGCUCUCUUUUCCAGACUGCGGUGCUUUUAGUGGCGGUUCAGUACCUUCGAAUCUGCAAACUGCAAGCUGUAUCUAUCUCCAGACAGACCGUUGGAUAUCGCUCUCGUCGCGAUCUCGAUGUCUG